AAUAAAUUGUAAAACAAAGAAAAAAAAUAUCUUCGAAGAGCUGAAGAAAGACUGUAAAAGAGGGCAGCAAAGGAUAGGAUUUGUAGAGUUCGAGCGGCCACAUAUCCGAAACAGCGAAGAUUUAUUUAGAAAUGGCGGCUGCAGCAUCAUCCUCCUUGACGGCCACCGCCGUUUUGAUUCCACGUGUCCCCACCGCCGUUAGAACAAGCAGCUGCUCUGCCUUGCCGCCCCUUCCGCGUCGCUUUUCCACCGUUUCCUUUGCCACUUCCGUUAAGCUGAUUCCAGAAUCCCGGAGGUUUUCUCUGCUCCAGACAAAGGCUUCAGAGGAGACCUCUGUUGAUGCUGGGGAGCUUUUCACUGACUUGAAGGAAAAGUGGGAUAAAGUUGAGAACAAGUCCACAGUUGUUCUUUAUGGUGGUGGGGCAAUAGUUGCUGUUUGGCUAUCUUCUAUUCUUGUGGGUGCUAUUAACUCAGUCCCUUUGCUUCCUAAGAUAAUGGAGUUAGUUGGACUUGGAUAUACAGGAUGGUUUGUCUACAGAUACCUUCUCUUCAAGUCAAGCAGGAAAGAACUAGCGACAGAUAUUGAGGCAGUGAAGAAGAAAAUUGCUGGAACAGAAUAGAUGCACAAGAUUGGCAUGCUUAAUUACUUGCGAUCAUUUUCUUUCUGAUCACUUUUUAUCUUGUAAAAGAGACGUGUGUAUCCUGUAAUCGUAGGAAUGCCUAGUAUGAAUUCUUGUGACCUUUUUAUUUGCUCUGUUCGUGGAAUAAUACUUGUCAAUUUAUGUGUAUGGGUAUAAUUUCCAUCUGUGUAUGUAUGUAUGUAUGUAUGUAUGUAUGCCAUGUUAAUGUGGAGAAAGUAGCCCGUUUCUUCCAUCAAAUGCACAUCUGCAUAGUCCCUUAGCAAAAUGCGUUAGAAUCGAAUUUGAGUCGCAAAGAUUAUACAAAUUUCGGUUCUUUUUCACGUUAAAGACUCUAGAAUUCACAUUUAUUCUCAUCGCAUUGGAAUCAUUCGGUGCAGAAAAAAGAAACAAAUUCAGGCCUACAAAAGCUUCUUGAUACUGCUUCUCUAUAAAUCUAUGGGUUGGCUAAACUUAAGUUGAACACUGUCUGUAAGGAAGACGUAAUCAUUGUUGAAUUGCAGGCUCUUUUCCUACACGUAUGGGGAGGAUUUUAACAGCCUGAAUGUCAUUCUAUGUGAAACUUGUGAGUAUAAGCUGGACAAGCACUUAAAACUAUAUAACAACAUUAUUCAUAGUUUUGUUAAUGCUAACCGCCUGCCACCACACAAGACGAAAAAUGCUUCAUGUUUAAAUUCUAGAACACAUGAAAUUGCUAGCCAUGAAUUUGGUUAUGGUGAAAGAAAGGUGAUUAAGGCCUCCCAGCUAGCAGUAAUGGUUCUGUCUGCAGCCAUAUCAACGAUGGCAACAGAAACCAACAUUUUCAUAAGACCAUCCAUUUAACAUGAUGAAGCCAUUCUCAGAGAGUGAGGUGAAACACUAGCAUCUAGCUGGACAUGUAUACAAAAUCAAGAAUCAUAAAUAUAUGCUUAAUGCUAUGAUGAAAAAUCAAGAGUCAUAAAAACACUGAAACUAUGCAAAAAAAAGAAAAAAAAACAUAAUACUCCCACAAAAUCCACCAAUCAAAGCUACCCUAUAAUCAAACUUAAAUCCCCAAUCGAAAAAUAUAAAAAAGAAAAGCACAGGGAAUGACACCAUCAUCAAUCUUAACUAAUUCUCAACGGAAGAGGAUAACAUGAAACCAUAUAGCCAGAAAAGGUUUCAGCAUCAACUAGACUAACUCAUAAAUCAACAAAUACUCAAUUCCAAUAUCAGAAUCAAGAUAAAAACUGAAAAAAAACCCAUGUCAAAUUUUAAGGGAAAACAAUACCAUUAACAUAAUUAAAGGUAAACGUAUUGUUAUAGGAUAAAUUGAGCAUCCAUAAUACUUAAUAAACUAUAACAAUUAAGCAUCCCAAAUCUCAAAUAGUAACAAACAGCAUCACCAUAUCUUUAAAUAAAAUUUAAAAAUACCAUUAAAAAUGUAACAAAAAAAAAAA